AGGCAUGCCUUCUUUUUAUGUAGUUUUGAUAACCGACUCUUGCCCAGCAACAGCAUCAUUUGUAUGCUGGCCAUUGAGAAAAUACUUCGAGACAUUUGAUAGCAACACGCCGAGUUGGAUCAGACUCGACAUAUAAACUCUUUGCACGAUGAGCAGCUGGAAGUUUCUUGCAGAUACGUCUGAGGCCGAGACGGUGGAGCUUACGCCUUUCCUGAACGGCCGCAAGUUCUUCGCAGUCGACGAUUCGGGGUCAACUGGGGGCGCCGUUUUGAAACGAGAGCGUGAUUUUGUCUACGCUUUCCACAACAACUAUGCCAAUCCAGCAGAUGUUACUUCUCUCUGGGGCUUCGACUGCGAUAAUCCUACAGACUUGAUCCACACAAUCGAAUGGAAAUCCAACCAUGGCGGCACAACCCCAUCCGAAAUUCUACAGAACCCCACAGCACUUGACGCCAUCAAGAGUUCGGAUGUCUGGUAUCUCUUGACAGAUGGAGAAGUCUACGAUGGAGAAGUGAAUCGACUAGCUGAACAGGCUGAUGAAUUUGGCAUCCUUGGCGUUCCUCUCGUCUUCCUCAUCGUUAGCCAUUGUGGCCUCCCGCCCAGCCAAACAGAUAUCUCAGUAGGAAUAUCGUUCUUUGCUAGCUCCCAGGACACUCUGAUUCUUUUCAAAGAGACAAACACUGGUAAGAUGUACGUUAUCGCUGGUAAGGGUUGUUUUACACCGCUUUCCGCUGGAGUACAGAAUCUGGAUAGUUGGAAAAAUAUGCCUGUCUUCCAGGAUGAGGCCGAACUCUUUGCGCAUUGCAAGCAGCUUGAUAUUCAGGUUACCAAAGCUGAAUCAAGAAAGGAGAAAGCCAAGGGCAUCAGUCUUGGUGCGGAGUGGGAGAAGCGACAGGGCGGUGCUGCGCUGAUCGAUCUGGAACUCCUCCUCAAAGCUGGCUUCCUAUCUGACCAGGACGUGAUGGAUAUUUUGGAAGAUGAGGCAUUCAACACCCUUGCUGUCGCUUGCAAGACACGCCGACAGAUUCCCGAGCUGCGGUCCUUGAUCCUGAGUCAGAAAGUUGAGCAAGCUAGCCCUCAACUGGAAGACGUUUCGGGAGCGGCAACAAUCAUUGCAAGUAUGGGACAAGAAACGAUCACCGAGGAAGAGCGAAGAGCACUUCAAUCACAGUUGAGGGAAGCUCAUGCAGCAAAUCGCAAGCAUUAUCAGGAGACAAUUGCUGAGUUUGCAAGCUCCCCGACAGCGCAGAAAUUGAAGAAGCGCAACCUACUUGUAGACGUAGCACUGAGAAAUCUAGCCUCAGUUGAGGCGGCAACUUUCAGCGCGGAUAUUCUCUCCCGCAAGAGCAACAGAGCUAAGCGUGCGGAAGUCGUAAGCGCGGACGCUGCCAUUGAGAUAACUAAGCUGGAUUUCGAGGCUCCAUCCUACAAAGGCUUCUGCCUUGUUUGCUGUGGUGAUGAAGAGGUCAUGUCUAUCUCCUUCAAGAAAGCAGAUCCAGACAAAGCAGAAGACAACACCACGGACUUUGCUCUGAACUUCCCACUGGCUGCAGGUGCUUCUGCCAAAAAUGUCGGUCUCGUCUCCAGUCAGAACAUCUGCUUCCAGUGUGCGCUGCUUGGACCUUCAGGCAUGUCCAUUUACAAAGAGCCAUUGGCGGCUGUCAUUCCGACUGUGCAGUACAAAGGAGACAAUAAGAAGUAUAUCAACGAUCAGCUAUAUUUAGCCUUAACUGCACGACUUGCAACUGGAGCAGCAGGCAUUGCUCAACUCGUCAUGUCCAUUCUCGAAGAGAUUCUAACAACGAAGCCUUGGGCCGGGGCAGGACUCGAGCAAUCGACGUCUUCUACUGACGAGCAACACGAAGCCGCGCAGAGACGUGAUAUGUUUUCGUGGUUCUUGGAACAGCUCAUUCAGAAUACUCGCACCCGCGAAACCUUCAGCGAAACGGGCAACUGGGUGAAAUAUCCACAAGCGCUGCUAUGGGCCGCCACUGAUUUCGAGAAGAAAGGGCUGGCAAGUUUUGCUGUCACGUACCCUGUGGCGGGAUUCGACAGGCUGCUAUCUCUUGGAAAGAGGACUGGCGCAUUUCCAGACGAUGUGCUGAGCCGUUUAAGAUCAGCCAAGGCCGUUUACUCAGUCGCUGCGAAGUACCUUGCAGAUUUGCAAGUUGCGCUCCAGAACCCAACAGUCGAUACGGACGACUUCAAGGGAAGUUGGAAACAAAAGUACCUUGAGUUCAUGUACAACGACUUCAACGGCCCGUUGGUGCCAAAGUAUCAAGGUUCGAAUACUCUACUCACGGACACGGAGGUGUUCUUUUCUCGAUUCUCUUCGUAUCUUGGUCGCGCAGAUGCUGGACUUACGCAUACCAAGCAAGGAGAGGUUAUGCGUAAAAUACAAGUCAUCCUCUUCUGGCUCAUCUUCAAACAACGCGGCCAUUGCACAGCUCAGACUUUCUUCACCCAGAUCUCCCAGACUGAACAACUCGCCAGCGCGAUCCUCGACCCAAUCCUCUCAGUUCCAGAGGCUGAAUCUCGGGAAAUCCUGCUUUCCAUUUUUGCGACACAGAAAUCGGAGCUUAUCAAUGCCGACGCAGCAGCAAUACACGACACUAUGGUUCCCUUUGAGAAUCCAUUCGGCGCCUCAGUGCUACACUGCGGGGCUGGAGGGUGCAGUCACAAAUUCUGUGACAUCACGGACAUACAGGAAGUAACGCAAGAGAGAAUCGAUGCGACCCGAAAAGCUCGCACAAAGCAUCUCAUAGAGGUCUUUGGCGUCCGCAACCGCUUUGAGAACUCAGGCACAGGUCUGCCAGAGCCCACGCUUGCAGGUAAACCGCCAUCAUCCAUUCACACAAACGCACAUAUCAGCAUCGCUAGUGAAUGGGCUGCGCAGAGUCAGGAGAAGAGACGAGCAAUACUGGCCGAGGGCACUGAGCGUAAAGCCUUUGUCGUGGGUGUUCGUCAACGGCUUUGCGCUCAGGGUCGUGGCGAUGUAUAUCGAGCUGAUAUUGAUCGGGAUACUAGGGAGUUGCUGCCGAGUUUCUUUGCAGUGCUAGCCGUGGCUUUGAGGGUGGAGGGGAAGAACGACAGUGAUAUUUCGAUCUACACGCAUGAUUUUGAGAAGAACAACAACGUCGAGGGUAAGAUGAGGUGGGAGUUGGCUGCUAGGGAUAUCUGAAUAUAUGCAAACUUUGUUGGAGACUUCAACGUAAAUUUUCGAGGCGAUUGGCUUUUGCAAAGUACCGUGAAGACCUCCAGUU